AUGAGGUUGAAUCCAAAGAAGUGUGUUUUUGGGGUAACAACUGGAAAGUUCUUGGGAUUCCUUAUUGAUGAAAGGGGAAUCGAGGUUAAUCCUGAUAAAGUACAAGCAGUAAUAGAUAUGACGGAGGGAGUGCAACUCCCCGUCUAUUUUGUGAGCCAUGUCCUGCAAAAUGCCGAAUUGAGAUAUCCUCCAAUUGAGAAGUUUGCACUUGCGCUGUUUAUGGCAAGUAAGAAGCCGCGCCCUUACUUUCUGGCACACAAACUGGUGGUAUACACCGACCAACCUUUGAAACAACCCCUUACUAAGCUAGACGCUGCUGGGCGAAUGCUAAAAUGGGAAAUUGAGCUGAAUGCAUUUGAUAUCUCAUAUGAGCCUCGAAAAGCUAUCAAGGGACAAUCAUUUGCUGAUUUCAUUGCAGAAAUGACGAGGCCAACUUUUGAGAAGAAUGUGGCGACUCGCUGGACAGUCUAUGUAGAUGGGUCGUCCACCCAGAACGGGUACGGAGCCGACAUAAUAUGUCAAUCCCCUGAAGGAGACAAGUAUGAGUAUGCCAUGAGAUUCAAUUUCCAAACGUCUAACAACGAGGCCGAAUAUGAAGCUUUGUUAGCCGGCAUAAAAAUGUGCAAAGCUGCCGGAGCCCAAGAAAUACUUGCCUUUUCUGACUCACAGCUCAUGGUGAGUCAAGUAAAUGGGGACUACGAGGCAAGAGACCCUAACAUGAUCAAAUACAUGCAAGCUGUGCAUCAAGAGAUAGAACAUCUGAAGAGCUUUGAAGCUAAGCAGAUUUCCAGAACGGAGAACAAUCAGGCCGAUGCCCUGUCUGAGCUAGCUAGCUCAGCUUCCUGUGAUACUCCGCGUCACGUGUUUUGGGAAGUGAAAGAUAGACGAAGUAUUGAGCAGGAAUCGUGCGCUCCUAUGGUAGCUAUCCUUGAUCGAUCGUCAACCUGGAUGGACCCCAUCAUUACUUAUAAAGUUGAUGGUUCGCUUCCAGACGACUCCAGUCUGGCCGCCAAAAUACAAAAGAAAAGUUCUUGGUUUGAAUGGUGGAAUGGAGUUUUGUACAAGAAGUCAUUUUUUAGACCCCUCCUGCGGUGUGUCACCCCUGAGAAAGGGAAAGAAAUUCUGGACGAUCUGCACCAGGGAUUAUGUAGUUCCCAUAUUGGAGGACGAGCUUUGGCCGAGAAAGCCCUGCGAACUGGUUAUUACUGGCCCACUUUGAGAGAAGACGCCAUGGCUAUGGCCGGCUCACCCUCUCACUCCAAUCAUGAGCCCCAUUCGUUUUCCAAGUGGGGAAUGGACCUGUUAGGGCCAUAUACAACAGCCCCUGGGGGUCGGCGCUAUGUGAUCGUAGCCGUUGACUACUUCACCAAGUGGGUUGAAGCUGAGGCUCUCAAGAACAUAAGGACAAGUGAUGUAAGGGCGUUUAUCUGGAAAAAUAUCAUGACUCUCUUUGGAAUACCACAAGCUAUCGUCUUUGACAAUGGGACUCAAUUUGAGACGCCUAAGCUGAAGGAGUGGCUAGCAGACCACGGCAUACACAGCUGCUUUGCCUCUGUGGGACGACCUCAAGCCAAUGGCCAAGUCAAAGCAUUUAACAAGAUUAUCUCCGAGGGGAUCAAGAAGAAACUAGAUGAAGCUAAGGGUCUAUGGGCUGAUGAGCUGCCAAACGUCUUAUGGCCAAUCCGCACCACGGCUAAGAACUCAACUAGCGAAACCCAUUCCUGCUAG